ACGGUAGGUGGCGGGAUACUCAUCGUAACAUACUGCAUUCCACCAAUCAAAAACCGACGACGAAGAGUUAGAAUUUUGGUGGCGUUUGUUGUCGAAAGUUGCAAGUGCAGAAAGGUUAAAUAAUAUCUACUGUUUUAUCGCAAAAAAAAAUGCAAGCCUACCUUUAAAACUAAUACACAGAACACUUUCAGUCGGUAAGUUCAUUUUUCAUAGCAACAACAGCUUCAGUGCAAGCUAGCUAGCAGUGGCUAGCAUAUGUUUGUUAGCUAACGUUAGCUAGUAAGUUAGCUAGCUAUACAACAUUGUUUGAAGCGACAUCAUUGCAAUUGACUUGCGAUGUUCAUGCAUCAACAUUAUGAAUCAUCCAUUUUUGAAUAUCGAUGACAUUUGUAUAAAUACUGCAUAGACAAUUCAAUUGCUAUAUAUUUGCAGGUUUUACAUCCUCCCAGUCCCACACCACAUCCCCCUCUUGAGGAGCCCUUCAACAACUAUAAGUAAGUUAGCUAGCUACAACUCCACUACAGUAACUGGACAAUCGGUGUGUACAAUAUGAAGGGACAGCUAUACUGAAACCUACUUUCAUGGUUUGAUUUGCCAUCUCUCUCUUUUUGCCAGAGUACAUAAGUGACGUUUCGUUAGUUCACACACUGCCUGUACUAACUGCACAAAGUUACUGUCAAACGGGGCAUGCAUGUGCUCGUGGAAAACUGGAAAGUCGUAAGUCUGACAUGAUUGUGUUUAAGUGCAUUUGAAGUCGGACCAAUUCUUCAACCAGAUUUUAGCUGACUUGAUAAUACCUCAGCAUGACCUCAGUCUCGUGCUUAAAGGUGCAAUAUGCAGAAACCAUUUCCUGGUUGCUAAAAUUCUAAUAGUUUGCAUAAUUUCAGUUUAUGACAGAACAAGCAGUCAUUGUGUAGAUAAUCAUUCUACCAUCUAAACCGCUGUGAAAUAUAUUUUCCAUAACCAAAAAUAUUGUAUUUUCAGCUGUUUGAAGCUGGUGUACAAAACCAAAAGUAAAAGAUGCAAAAACUGAGAACAGGAAACAGAAAUAGCUCAUAUAGAACAUAUCUACCACAUCUUAGACUUGCUUUCAAUGAUGACAAAUGACAGAUCUAUAACUUACAUUUCUAUGUGAAUUUUGUGCUUCUAAUUUGACCGGUGAUGUGGUCCAACGAGACUUCGAAACCAGGCUAGCUAACACUGCAAAGCGAGCUUACCAGACUAGCUAACGCGUCUAGGCGAUAUAGUGAGUUGCUGGGGGAGUGGUUGAAUGAAUGGCCAAUCCUAUUGCUCAAACACAAAUAGAUGACUUUUCUGUGACUUUUCUUGAAUAUCUUACAAUGACAGACUGCAACAGAGCAGGUAAAUGUCGAACUGGAACGUCAAAAUGCGCUGGGAAGUUACUUGCCCGGUCGGGCCAGUGACUGAUGAGAUCCACUGGUCUAACAUGUUUUUACUGGCCUCAGGACAGCGGGCCAUCGUUAAUGUCGCCCCCUGCACCUCUUUGCUUGUUCUGCCCACCAUGCUUAAUUUGCUCCCAUUGGAAAUGACAGGCUGUGGUCUAUCUUGGGUUAGUUAUAAAAACUAUUUCCUAAAGCCCUCACGGGUAACAUCAGCUAGCUUAUAGCUACUGGCAAGGAAAGCUUCAAAUCAAAUCUUACCUAAUUUUAUUUAAUGCUUACUUAACAAGCCCUUAAGCCUUUUAAAUGAAUAGAAAAUACAAUAAAAAGUAAAGCAAUAAAAUAACAAUAACGAGGCUAUAAACAGGGGGUACCGAGUCAAUGUGUGCGGGGGUACAGGUUAGUCGAGGUAAAAUGUAAUAUUGAGGUAAUAUGUACAUGUAGGUAGGGGUAAAGUGACUAUGCAUAGAUGAUAAACAGCGAGUAGUAGCAGGGUAAAAAAGGUGGUCAAUGCAAUAGUCCAGGUAGCCAUUUGAUUAACUGAGGGGGGCAAGGCGUUGUCGUGCCCUCUUCACGAUUGUCUUGGUGUGUUUGGACCAUGAUAGUUUGUUAGUGAUGUGGACACCGAGGAACUUGAAGCUCUCGACCCGCUCCACUACAGCUCCAUCGAUGUGAAUGGGGGCGUGCUCGGCCCUCCUUAUCCUGUAGUCCACGAUCAGCUCCUUUGUCUUACAUUUAACUUUAAAUUUAAGUCAUUUAGCAGACGCUCUUAUCCAGAGUGACUUACAAAUUGAUGCAUUCAACUUAGGAUAGCCAGUGGGACAACCACCCUUUUUUUUUAUGGGGGGGAGGGGUAGAAGGAUUACUGUUAUACUAUUCCAGGUAUUCCUUAAAGAGGUAGGGUUUCAAGUGUCUCCGGAAGGUGGUCAGUGACUCCGCUGUCCUGUCGUGGUGGGGGAGCUUGUUCCACCAUUGGGGUGCCAGAGCAGCGAAUAGCUUUGACUGGGCUGAGCGGGAACUGUGCUUCCGUAGAGGUAGGGGGGCUAGCAGGCCAGAGGUGGAUGAACGUAGUGCCCUCGUUUGGGUGUAGGGUCUGAUCAGAGCCUGAAGGUAAGGAGGUGCCGUUCCCCUCACAGCUCCGUAGGCAAGCACCAUGGUUUUGUAGUAGAUGCGAGCUUCAACUGGAAGCCAGUGGAGUGUGCGGAGGAGCGGAGUGACAUGAGAGAACUUGGGAAGGUUGAACACCAGACGGGCUGCAGCGUUCUGGAUAAGUUGUAGGGGUUUAAUGGCACAGGCAGGGAGCCCAGCCAACAGCGAGUUGCAGUAAUCCAGACGGGAGAUGACAAGUGCCUGGAUUAGGACCUGUGCCGCUUUCUGUGUAAGGUAGGGUUGUACCUGCGAAUGUUGUAGAGCAUGAACCUGCAGGAUCGGGUCACUGCCUUGAUGUUAGCGGAGAACGACAGGGUGUUGUCCAGGGUCACGCCAAGGUUCUUUACACUCUAGGAGGAGGACACAAUGGAGUUGUCAACCGUGAUGGCGAGAUCAUGGAGCGGGCAGUCCUUCCCCGGGAGGAAGAGCAGCUCCGUCUUGCCGAGGUUCAGCUUGAGGUAGUGAUCCGACAUCCACACUGAAAUGUCUGCCAGACAUGCAGAGAUGCGAUUCGCCACCUGGUUAUCAGAAGGGGGGGAAAGGAGAAAAUGAAUUGUGUGUCGUCUGCAUAGCAAUGAUAGGAGAGACCAUGUGAGGAUAUGACAGAGCCAAGUGACUUUGUGUAUAGAGAGAAUAGGAUAGGGCCUAGAACUGAGCCCUGGGGGACACCAGUGAUGAGAGCACGUGGUGCGGAGACAGAUUCUCGCCACGCCACCUGGUAGGAGUGACCUGUCAGGUAGGACGCAAUCCAAGAGUGAGCAGCGCCGGAGAUGCCCAACUCGGAGAGGGUGGAGAGGAGGAUCUGAUGGUUCACAGUAUCAAAGGCAGCAGAUAGGUCUAGAAGGAUAAGAGCAGAGGAGAGAGAGUUAGCUUUAGCAGUGCGGAGAGCCUCCGUGACACAGAGAAGAGCACGUUGUGGGAGAGGUUGUUAUCCUGGCACCACACUGCCUGGUCUCUGACUUCCUCCCUAUAGGCUGUCUCAUCAUCGACGGUGAUCAGGCCUACCACUGUUGUUUCGUCUGCAAACUUAAUGAUGGUGUUGGAGUUGAGCGUGGCCACGCGGUCUUGAGUGAACAGGGAGUACAGGAGGGGAUGAAGCACGCAUCCCUGUGGGGCCCCCCGUGUUGAGGGUCAGCCUGGCGGAUGUGUUGUUGCCUACCCUCACCGGUCAACUGUAAGUGCUGUUAUUGUGUAGUGGAAACGUCUAGGAGCAACAACGGCGCAGCCGCAAAGGGAUAGGCCACACAAGCUCACAGAACGGGAACAUCGAGUGCUGAAGCGUGUAGCCCUUAAAAAUCGUCUGUCCUCGGUUGCAACACUGAUUACCGAGUCUCUGGAAGCAACAUCAGCUCAAUAACUGUUCGUCAGGAGCUUCGUGAAAUGGGUUUCCAUGGCCGAGCAGCCGCACACAAGCGUAAGAUCACCAUGUGCAAUGCCAAGUGUCGGCUGGAGUGGUGUAAAGCUCCGCCGCCAUUGGACUCUGGAGCAUUGGAAACACGUUCUCUGGAGUGAUGAAUCACGCUUCACCAUCUGGCAGUCCAACGGACAAAUCUGGGGUUGGCGGUUGCCAGGAGAACGCUACCUGCCCCAAUGCAUAGUGCCAACUGUAAAGUUUGGUGGAGGAGGAAUAAUGAUCUGGGGUUGUUUUUCAUGGUUCGGGCUAGGCCCCUUCGUUGCAGUGAUGGGAAACCUUAACGCUACAGCAUACAAUGACAUUCUAGAUGAUUUUGUGCUUCCAACUUUGUGGCAACAGUUUGGGGAAGGCCCUUUCCUGUUUCAGCAUGACAAUGCCCCCGUGCACAAAGCGAGGUCCAUACAUAAAUGGUUUGUCGAGAUCAGUGUGGAAGAACUUGACUGGCCUGCACAGAGCCCUGACCUCAAUCCCAUCGAACACCUUUGGGAUGAAUUGGAACACUGACUGCGAGCCAGGCCUAAUCGCCCAACAUCAGUGCCCGACUUCACUAAUGCUCUUGUGGCUGAAUGGAAGCAAGUCCCUGCAGCAAUGUUCUAACAUCUAGUGGAAAGCAUUCCCAGAAGAGUGGAGGUUGUUAUAGCAGCAAAGGGGGGGACCAACUCAAUAUUAAUGCCCAUGAUUUUGGAAUGAGAUGCUGGACGAGCAGGUAUCCACAUACUUUUGGUCAUGUAGUGUAUCGCUCUAUGACUGUAUGAUUGGCCAACAACAAGCUACACGCACCACCUGUGAAAAGCAAGAGUAGCAGCAUAAAUGAUACAAUUUCUCUCUCUACUGAAGCAGUCGCAUUCGGAUCUGUACGGGUCCUUCCGGACAAGUCAGUUCAAAUUACACACACCUGAGACCUGUGACUAUCCUAUCAGAUCAGUUCCAGACCCCUGACAUGAUUUAGACAUGAUUUAGAUCGGGUCUCGGGUAUUCGGGUACAGGUGGGUUGUGAAGACCUAAUCAGAACCCAAAACAUAAGCUUGCUUUACUCCAAUGUUUGUAAACAUCAUAAAUGUAAACAAAAACCCUGUAUAGUUUAAACCAUGUUUUGAGGCUAUCAUUUUCAGUUAGACCUUGUAUCCAUAGCUCUGUCUAUAUGAAUUUGAGUGGUUACAUUUCCCAGCUUUUUAUCUAAACAGUGGUGGGGUGUACGUUUUGUUAUUGUUUCAACUGCGUAUUGGCCCUUUCAGAUGUACCUUUUGGUUGAAAAGGUGAAAGGUCAGUAGUGAAACAUCACAACUUGGGUAACAACAUUUUCCACUUUUCCAGCCGGGAACGCUGAACUUCCAAGAACUCCCGACAUACGCCCCAUUAAUGUACAACACACUUGUGUGAAACAACAGCUACUUGUAUACAUACAAGCAGUGGAUAAUUAACAAAUUUGAGUCUGUGGCCUUUUGGGUUCAUUAUUGUCCCUAGCUCGCAGUCGGCUGUGAUUGUAUGCUUGUUGUCCCUUGCAGUGCCCAGGCGAAGGAAAAGUAGAAUCAGAGAGGCCUAUGGCGAGCACUUCUCAGAGAGUGCGGUAAGUGACUGUACAAAGUACUUUUGGCGUAUGUAUUGUCUUCACUUCAGUGUUAUUAGGCCUUAGACCAUCCUUGAGGGAAUUAUCAAAGAGAUGUACAAUUUAUCGAGGUUAUUUCUUGCAUAGCAGUUUAUACCAUAUACCAGGGUAUUUCGAAAUACAGACGGUAUGAUUUUCAAUACCAUUUAAAAUAGACAUAUUUUCUUUCUUUCUGGGGGUUGGGGGCACCCCCACCUUGAGGUUGCUGCGGGUUACGUGCUACGCCACUGCUUAUAUCUAUAAGUGAAAAAUAACUAUAAGAAAUCUGUGUCAAAUAAGUUAUAUCCAACUCAGGGCUCCAACUAUGCAUUUGGUUUGCUAGCUAAGUGGCUAGAUGUCAAGAUCAAGCUUAUUGGUUACAGCAGAUAUUCAAUCCCCUCCUGGAUUGUUGAGAUGGCACCCCUUGUGUGCACAUUCUGGUAAUACCGUAUACCCUGGUAUGGUACAGAAACGGUAUGAAAAUCUGGAUACCGUCCUGCACUCUUGUUUUUUAUUUAUUGAACUAAUCAUUGUCGUAAUGCUUAUUUUUUAGGUAACAUACCCGAGAGUUAUGAAUGCUGUUGAGAGGAGGACUGCUGUGACAAGACCGGAGAAAGACUAUGACAGAGAAUUUGAAUAUGAAACCAAUCAGUAUAGCGGCAUUCGAAGUUACCAUGAUGAUGACCACAGAGGAUACCGUAGCGACAGCAUUCACACAGGAAGUGUUCGAGGAUACCAUGGUGACAGUAGACCCAUAGGAAGCAUCCGAGUGAGGAAUUCCCCACCACCCCGACAGGUGGGUGAAGCUUUAUUAUGGCCAAUCUAAGAUUUAGGCCCAAAUACUUGUCAUUUUCUAAUUUUGGUGUCAUAUGAAAACGGAUUAGUGAUGCGAAAGGUUUUAGCUGAAUACCACUGUGUAUUUUACCAAGUCAAUACCUGCUCUACUCUUUUCUAUCUCUAAUAUAGCUAUUGGUAUUUUUCUGUGCAGGAGGAUUACAGAGGUCCAUACUACAGGGGAUCCAGAGAUGAUUCUCUGAUGGGGCGUCAAGGAGAGAUGAGGUAAACCAGGGGUCCCCUCCUGUUACUAAUUAGGCCUACGCCUAUAUGAAGUGAUAGUAAGGUGGCAAGCCUGCUGUGUUUUUAUGAAAAUGUGUGAUGGAGACCGGUGCCUUGUAUUGCUCCUUACCAUAUUUAUAACGAUUCGGUGACAAGUGUAGUGUACUGAUGCUGUAUAUGAGCUUGUAUAAAACAGGGUUGUGGUGUUAUGCACCCGUUACUGUAAGUCUCUUUGGAUAAAAGCUUCUGCUAAAUGGCAUUUAUUGUUAUUAUUAAAUUAUUAUACUAUGAACCACCAGGUGGCAGCAGAGUCUUGUCUUUCUCAAGCCCCUUUCUGAAUGGUUUGAGGUUUUGUGUUGAUUUGAGGGAUCUGAGGAGAAUUUUUCAAAUCAUGUAUGUAUCUUUGUGUAAUCCAUAACUUUGGUUAUAUAACAUAUGGCAUUAAUCAAAACCUUGAAUUCUGGACUUUUAAUUAUUACGUCUCAGUAGGAAUUAGUACCCCUCUCAGGAAAAACUUAGACUGAAAUCCCCACUCGAGAUAUACCACACUUGACUUAUAUCACACAAUCGCAAUGAAGAGGGACUGAAGUGAAUUUGCCAACUUAUCUCUGUGAGCUAUUGUGAGGGAACGACUGAGAGGAGGCUGGUGGCUCUCGUUUCAUAACGUAUUCCACUUAUCAGCCACUAUACUCCUCGCCUUGAGGGGCUUGGAGCGCGACCCCACACAGAGCACAGCUAAAGCCAGUGGCUCUGCUCUGCCACAGUGCUGCCAAGACAGCCGUGUAGCACUGGCCCAAAACAGAGUGGCAACAGUUCACAGGCCAAGACCAACCCCUCCCUUUCACUCCGCCUAAAGUGGAGUCACACCAGGCUCCAGACAAGGACAAAGGGCUCUACUGACUGAGCCAGCCAGCAAGGCUAAACCCCCCCCCCCCCCCCCCCCCCCCCCCUCUAGCUAAACAACCACCACCAUUCUCUUGGCUCUCCACAGAAUCUAUGCACAGUGUACAUGUGCUGUCUGCUGUGCUGGGGGGGAGGGGGGCACCUACCGGUGUAUAGGGCACCGACGAGAAGUUCCAGGAAGUUCAUUCUCAAUGCAAUCACCCGUUGUGAUAAUAAAUAUUAGCGAUAUUACUGCGCAACGUAGACAUUCUAUUUUCUCCCAAGAUUGCAAGACAAUUCGUAUGUUGAUGUAGUACCCAUCGGUUAGGAAUGUUUUAACCUCUGUGUUGAGAAGGAGUUUUUACCGUCAGUUUCUGGUGCAAAGAGCACCCCCAAAAAAACGACACUAACCAUGAGCCUUGAGGUCUGUAUCGUCCAAUCACAGAGCAGAUACAAGUCACGUGAUCCGCGAGUGAACACAUGCGUGUUCGCCAACAGAGCAGGUCACUUGCAUCUCCCCCGUGAUUGGACGAUACAGCAGCUGUGGAGCGGCAUCAUGUGCUUGCCAACAGAUCAUGUGACUUUUCUAAUUGUAUUAUUAUGUUAAAACAUUUUUUAUUGAAUAUUUAAAACGUACAAUAUACUUGCAGUGGAGCCGCUCAACAACUACAUCAUAUUAGUCUACUAACAGACUCCCAUCCAGAGAGACACACAGAAGCAACCAGGGUCAACGCCCUGCUCAAGGGCACGUCGACAGAUCUCCCACAAGGUCAAAAACGGGGACCCGAACCAGCGAUCCAUCAGCCACCGGCCCAAGAUCACGUGACUUGCAUCUGCUCUGUGACUGGACGACACAGACCGCAAUGCUGUAUGGGAUGAGUAGUUUGUUUGCCUCUUAACUCCAGUAUGUACACAGUCUACCAUUGACAUUUUUUUUUCCCAUAUAUCAGUUUUUGUAAGGCGAGGUGGUUCCAAACGUAAUCUUUUGAAUUAAUGGUUCACCCCAGAGGUGUUUGCAUCUAUUCAACGUUUGGAACCACGAAAAUCAGCAUGUUAUUGAAAUGCAUGCUAAAAAUGAGUGGCCGUGUCAGUCCCGGAGCCACAACCACGAAAAGAGCGGCACGGCCCGUCGGUGCCCUAUUGCAGAAAUGCACAAAAUAAUUGGCUAAAAAUAGUAUUUAGAGAUUGUAAAUGCAAAAUGUUUAGUUGACAAUUCGAAUCUCCAAGUUCGGUCUUUUUGGUUUAGAAUGAUGAUAAUAAUCAUAACUGCUUCCUUGGCUUGUAGGCAAUGCUUGUAGGAGACUUGUAGGCAGUGGAGGCUAUAGAAGACUCCUGGUGUGGUGUUGACACGGCGGCAGGCAGGCAUCUGGGUCUGGUUUUCCACUAUUAGUGUGGUCAGUAGGUUGGCGGGAGGAGUCACCCCUGCAGUGCAGCCCACAGGAAGCAGCGGCCAGGAAGUCUUUGGAGGGGCUCUCUCCUGGCCGGAGGUGUCUCAUCAACCGGCCAUGUGGAGAAUGAGGUGGCCAGACUGAAGAUGAACAGCAAGGCCACACCACCACCCCACUACCUCUCCCUAACACAAUUAAAGACAGGGUACUGGGUCUAGGGGCUGCUUCAUGGUCCUCAGUCACAGGGUCCCCCACUAACAUGCAGAGAGUGUGUGUGUGUGUGUGGGGUGAACACUGCAGGGGGGGCCUUGGCAACUGAGGCAGGCGGUGGAUUAAUCAAUCUGCUCCUUUGUGGAGCUCUUGACCUCGUGAUGAAUAGCAGAUAAUGAGGGAAAAUGGGGAGCCUUGUUAAGUGCCAGAAGUGCAACUGGUUAGGAGUCAACUACUCUCCCUUUGAACUUUCAAAGUCACCUCAGACAAACCUUGCUGCACGCUGCUCUAAUGGUUUUUUGUAAACCUGUCUUUGUAAUUAGACCUCAACCCAUAAUUGCAGUCAUGUUAUAUUUGUGCAUGUGGCUGAUUGCAUUCAGUAAGAUGAUGAAAGCGAUGGGAGGGAUCGGCUGCCGUUUGACUAAAGAAGCCAAUUACAUUGGUAUUGGGUUUAUAUAUUAUUAGUUUUCAAAAUGAGGUCAUUUAAAUUUUUUAUUUGUUUGUCUAAUGAUUUCGGUGUAAUGGAUUGGGGCUUUACCAGCAUGACCUUUUUAAUAGAGAGAGGCUGAGUCCCAGAUGGCAACCUAUAUAGUGCAAUACUUUUGGUCAAAAGUAGUGCACUAUAUGGGGAAUAGGGUGCCAUUUGGAACGCAGAAAGCUCUCUCAGAUCUCCUUCUGCUUCCUAGCUCAGUCAGCCAGGGCCUCCUUUUCCCACCCUGGUAUUGUGCAGUUCUCUCUUUUUGGACCUGAAAGCGAUAUUGGAGCUCUUAUUGCAGGUGGGGCUGUGCCUUGCUUUCAGAUCAGCAUGUUUUCUUCUCCCUGGUCCGCAAGGAUGUAACAUGCGUUUAGAGAACAUCUUCCUAAAUUGGAAGAACUGCUUUGAAGAUAUAGAUAUAGUAUAACAAAUAUUUUUAAAAAAUCACUUUUUCCUUCUAAAGCUGACAUUUUUUCCAAGUAUAGUGUCCAUAGAAUUACUUUUUCAUAGCUUUGUUAUGGAAAGAGAGGUGAGGUUAGGGGGAUCGCUCACUGCAACGGUGGUAAUUAACUUUAUUUGGCAAAUGGCAGGUUGAGCCUUGGCUACUUCAAACGGGCCUGGGGGUCGUAAAAGCUGGAGGACAUUUUGUUUGUGACGUGGCCCUCUAAGUUCAGGCAGGGGUCAUGAAAACCAGGUGCCGUUGGAUUCGUGGAUGGCCCCUCUAGAGUUGGGGCGGUAUCCAGAUUUUCAUACCGUUUCUGUGCCAUACCUGGGGUAUAUGGUAUUACCGGAAGUGAACACAAGAGGCGCUGUUUACCUCCAAAAUAUAACUUAUUUUCCAAAUAGAACUUUGGGUUAUGCACAAAACAAUUUAGGCAACAUGAAUCUUGAUCCAUGAGGGGAUUGAAUGUCUGCUGUAACCAAGAAGCUUGAUCUUGACAUCUAGCCACUUAGCUAGCAAGUUAGCAAACCAAAUGCAUAGCUGGAGCCCUGAGCUGGAUAUAAUUUAUUUGACAUCUUAUAUUUCGUAUAGUUACACUGUCCCAACCAGAAAGGACGGUGUUGACCUUGAAGCGUCACAGCAAAAGCAACUACGGCGUCCUCUCCCCUUCUUCAUUGACGUCCAUGAAACAAGUCCUCGGAUCGCCCAGGUACCAGUCCCACGCAAGUGAAGGGUUUUUGCAAAGGCAAACAAUGCCUGUUUGGCCAUGGACCGGGAGGCAGAGAAGGGAUACACUGCCUUUUCCCCGUGUGGCGUCAUCCCUUUCCCCCUCCUGGGCGGAGGUCCACACCUACACUCCCCAACUUGGAUGACAAGAUCACUGAACAGCUUCUGGAGAAGGCUUAUCUUGCUUGUGGCCAGGCUAGCUGCGCACUCAACACGGCAAACCUGCUGCAAGCCUACAACGCCAAGGUCUUGGCAGAGCAUGCCACCAAACCGAUUGACAAGGAUACAGCUAUUGAGAUCAUCAAGGCCACAGAGUUGGCAAUCAAUUGCUCCUGGGUGACCGAGGACCUGGGACGUGCUAUGGGAGCACAGCGGAAUCUUUGGCUCUCGCUGAUCGAGCUGCCAAACUGGGAGAAGUUGGCCCUUCUGAAUGCCCCGGUCAGCCCACAGGGAUUGUUUGGAGAAGAAGCAGCCAAGUACCUGAUAAACAAAUUCUAGCCUGCAUUGGAAGAAGUCAAGGAGCAGGAGGAAGAGGUUGAGGAGGAGCCCAUAGCCUGGAAGACAAAGGUCCCCCGCAGACGUUCUAGGAAGAAGACUGCUGCUGACUGCUCACGCACAUGUUCAAGGGCACAGUUUGGAAGAAGUGGUUUUAGAUGUUUGUCCUUGCGUGGAUGCUAUUAGAUUGUUAUUUAGGGCUAACAGGUCUUAUGAUGAGCUCUGCCUCAGAGUUAACAUUCAGUCUUUACAAAGGGUUUUCAAAACUUCAUAAGGCCUUUUAGAGGGUAGUUAUUAGGGAUGGGUGGAUCUGAAUCUAUUAGAGAAGGGCAAUACAUCGAUUCAUCUAGGCUAAUCUUUGGACUAUAACUAGUUGGUUUUAAAGGUAGGACAGUAUUUUCUUCAAAUAUAGUGUAUGUUAAAGUAUUUACUUUGAUAAUAUUUGAUUGAGGUAUUUUCUUCUGUCAUUUUAGAAUAAGCAGCAGAGCGGACUCCCACCUCAGCAGCGGAGUUCAAGGGAUAGCUCCUCUCUCAAGGACCAUGUCUCCGGCAGCUAACCCCGAUAGAGUGGACUCCAAUCUGAUGCAGGCCCUCAUGUACUUGGACCGAGGGUAGGCCUGUUCCUUCUAGUGCCAAAACUACUCAAUAGAACUACUCAAAUGUUGGCUUUCAGUUUUACUGUUUUUUAAGAUACAAGCCACAACUUAUUUUGUCCAGCAACUUCAGUGUUUCGUUCUUUCACUCUACACUUAGAGGGAUUUAGAAUCCAAGUGCUCAUGUAGAGACAUUGGCUUUAGUUCUAUAGUUGAAUGGAUGGGCCCUUGAAUCCCCUUCUCUCUCUCUCUCUGAUUGUCUUAUCAGAGAGGACCCUGAGGGUCUUAGGCGAAGGGGCCCGGGGCCCUACCCUGUAGGCCCAGCCGGGGACACUUACACAACCGUACGGGAUCGCUCUCCCAUCAGGAUGGAUAUCCCACCAGGCCCUGUUCUCAUGCGCUCCGGGUCCAACACCAACAGAAGGAGCUACUCCCCAGACAGGGACCAGAAGAGCUUCUCCUACCAGCAGAGCCAGCAGAAGAGUAAGUCUGCAUCCCAAAUGUCUCCCUAUUAUUCCCUGUAGUGCACUACGUUUGACCAGGGCCCAUAGGGGAUGGGAGUUUCCUUUUGGUUUAACUACAGAGCGGUUUAGUUCAGCCGUCAAUUAUCAACAAUAUCAGUUUUAAAUCUAUCACUUUAGUCUGGCUCUGUACCAGUGUCCAUACUAGCAUACCACUUGACAUGAAGCAAUGCAUUGGAUAUUAAAACCUUUUGUGUUUGUAACUGCUGCCAGUCAUUUUGGGGACCUUUUUUCUCUCUCGCCCCUCCAGGGUAUAACGAAGAGCCUCACAGCCAGAACAGAGAACCUGGUAAGUCUACAUUACACAUUGAACAGCCUAGCCAAUUCAAUGAUCCAACAUAUUCCUCAAAAAGUGUUUUGCUACAUGUAGGCCUAUCCAUAAAGGAACACUUUACAUUUACAUUACAUUUUAAUCACUUAGCAGACGCUCUUAUCCAGAGCGACUUACAACUUUGGCACCUUGGUUUGAAGUGAUGUAAAAGCUGAAAUGUAGCACCGCUCUCUGACAGGAGCAUCUGUUUUCAGUGGAGGUGUCUAUUAAAGAGAGGUGCUGGAACAUGUUAACGAUUUUAAUUACACAUACACAUUUUUCUCGAAGGCUUUUGAUUCAAGGACUGAACUUUGGCUGGUGUGAGAGUAGCAUCAACACUGAGCUAGCAGAUGUCUUCAAGAUCAAGCCAGCACUCACUCACAUUACCUUCCCUUGUGAGUGGAGUGGGGCAUGCAUACCAUUAUAUAGUAACUCUCUUUUGUGCUCCAAAAUAAUUCCAUCACUGAAUCUAAUAAAAAGACUAGGACUCUUUUUUUUUCGGUGGAUACAGUGCCUUGCAAAAGUAUUCAUCCCCCUUGGUGUUUUUCCUAUUUUGUUGCAUUACAACCUGUAAUUUCAAUUGAUUUUUAUUUGGAUGUCAUGUAAUGGAAAUACACAAAAUAGUCCAAAUUGGUGAAGUGAAAUGAAAAAAAUAACCUGUUUUCAAAAGAUUCUAAAAAAUAAAUAACGGAAAAGUGGUGCGUGCAUAUGUAUUCACCCCCUUUGCUAUGAAGCCCCUAAAUAAGAUCUGGUGCAACCAAUUACCUUCAGAAGUGACAUAAUUUGUUAAAUAAUGUCCACCUGUGUGCAGCGUAAGUGUCACAUUACAUUUGACAUUUUAGUCAUUUAGCAGACGCUCUUAUCCAGAGCGACUUAGUUAGUGAGUGCAUACAUUUUUCACUUUCACAUGAUCUCAGUGUGUGUAUAUAUACACACAUGUUCUGAAAGGCCCCAGAGUCUGAAACACCACUAAGCAAGGGGCACCACCAAGCUAGCGGCACCAUGAAGACCAAGGAGCUCUCCAAACAGGUCAGGGACAAAGUUCUGGAGAAGUACAGAUCAGGGUUGGGUUAUAAAAAAAUAUCCAAACUUUGAACAUCCCACAGAGCACCGUUAAAUCCAUUAUUAAAAAAUGGAAAGAAUAUGGCACCACAACAAACCUGCCAAGAGAGGGCCGCCCACCAAAACUCAAGGACCAGGCAAGGAGGGCAUUAAUCAGAGAGGUAACAAAGAGACUAAAGAUAACCCUGAAGGAGCUGCAAAGCUCCACAGCGGAGAUUGGAGUAUCUAUCCAUAGGACCACUUUAAGCUGUACACUCCACAGAGCUGGGCUUUAUGGAAGAGUGGCCAGAAAAAAAUAAGCAAACACGUUUGGUGUUCGCCAAAAGCCAUGUGGGAGACUCCCCAAACAUAUGGAAGAAGGUACUCUGGUCAGAUGAGACUAAAAUUUAGCUUUUUAGCCAUCAAGUAAAACGCUAUGUCUGGCACAAACCCAACACCUCUCAUCACCCCGAGAACACCAUCUCCACAGUGAAGCAUGGUGGUGGCAGCAUCAUGCAGUGGGGAUGUUUUUCAUCGGCAGGGACUGGGAAACUGGUCAGAAUUGAAUGGAUGGCGCUAAAUACAGGGAAAUUCUUGAGGGAAACCUGUUUGUUUUCCAGAGGUUUGAGACUGGGACGGACGUUCACCUUCCAGCAGGACAAUGACCCUAAGCAUACUGCUAAAGCAACACUUUGCUUCUUAAUAUAAAUCCACUAGUGUUCUGUAUAAUUACACGAUUCGUUUGUGUUUCUUACAUCUGUAAAUAGCUAGUUUGUCUUCUCUUAGCAAGUUGGGCCUAAAUCUUGUUAGCCGCUAAUCGCUAGUUAUCUGGCUAGCCAACUAAUAAAUGUACGGAGUCAGAGCAAAUGUAAUUAGCUAUACAGCCUGAUAAUACCAGUGAUGGUGUAGAUCUAAAUCAGCAUGUUGUUUGUGCAACAGUAACUUCUAAAUCAAAUAGGAAUAAGGGGAAGCAUAAAUAUUUUAGCAACAUGAAGUAGCUAAGAGAACAUUCAAUGUAGCCAAAGAUUAUAGGGUCCCCUAGGAAACACUUGUCAACACUUUGUAUCCUACCCUGUCACAAUAACUCCUCCCUGGCAUUUUCAUUCGUUGUCAUGGCAAACAACAAUAUUCAAAGUGCCCACUAUUAUAUUCUAACUAUAGAAUUAGAAUAAUCAUUCUAUUCCCAUGAUUCCAACAGUUCACCCAAGUGUUCUGCUCUAAAUCGCAAGGCAAAUCGCAAUUGCAACAUUUGGAUAAAAAUAAGGCCUAGGUUGUUUGCCCAUAUCGUGCAGCCCUUCGUGGCAGUGUGGAAAUGAUCUGAAAUUAGUGCAGGAAAUGCAGAAAUUGAUCAAUUAUUUUUGGUUGAAUUGAACAGUAUAAAACAAUCAGAAUGGAGAAAGACCCAUUAAAAUCACUUAGAAUGUAUGUGUUGCCAUCGUAUGGUCACGCACUACCCAUAAAGGGAAUGGAGAACUUGUAUUACUCCAAAACAUAAAAUAUCGUCAAACGCCAUCAUACCGUCCAAUUUUUUUAAAAUACCAUGAUAUUAUAUUUUGGCCAUAUCGCCCAGCCCUAAACCUGACUAGUGCCAUACUCAGCCUACUGCCAUAGUCAAUUUAAUAUCUAAUUAUUAGUGUGCAUGUAAACAAACUCAUUCAUUCCACAUUAGUGGUUUGAUGUUCAAUCUGCAUAGGUCCCUUUUGCUGCUGCUUGACUGAUUUCAUUAAAUUUAUCUUUGUUGGAUUACAGAUACCACACCACACACACACACACACACCACACCACACACACACACCACACACACACACCAUAACCACUCCUGGAUGCUCCUCUUCUGGAUUUGCCGUUUGUGGUUAUCUGCUGAUCUAUGUGUCACUAAUAAUAAGCCUCUUCUCCUAAUUCAGUGUGUCUGGUCAGUGACCGUCAUACCAGAUUACCAGGUUCUCUUCACAGUGCACACAAAUCGUCUGUCGUAGAGAGAGAGUUCUAUGUCUGUGGUCGGUGCUACUCUACUAACACAGCUAAUAGCCUAAAUAAAAAUAAAAUAAAAAAACGUCUAGUUUGGCUGCAGUUUGAACUAAGGAACCACUAUUUCAUGGGUUACUUGGUGUCUCAGUCAGUCUCACAACCUGAGAUCUCUGCAGUUUAGCUGGGGGAAAAAGGAAUAAAACGUCCUGGAAGGAAGUGUUUUUAAUUUCACAUUGGCUCAGUCUCAUCGCCGUGGGAGAUUCCUUAAAUAAAAACAAAGCCGUCCGUGUUUGUUUAUAGACUUAUUGUAGCCGGCAGAGCACAAUAUUUGAAUUUAGUCACAGCUGAACUUGUCAACCGCUAUUGUGCGAGCUAUUCCAAUGAGAGAACGUAAAAUAAACAGCGACUUGUCCGUGCUGUGCUUGUCCACAGUCCCGUAGCAUCUUGUCCUAUCCAUUGUUAACUGUACUAGUGCAAGGAUCGCCUGGUAGAUGACUGUAGAGAAUAAGUAGUGGUAGUUCCCCAAUGUGUUUUAAAUACUGAGAGGAUUUCAAUGGAAUCGUACUGCGGUCGGUGGUCCUGAUUUGAUUUGGUUUACCGCCCUCCUGUUUUCUUUCACAUUGCUUCUGUUUAAAAUGCUUCUUUAGAUUUACUGUACAUGUGUGAGAGAUGCAAGUGUGCUGGAUUUCUAACUGCUUCCAUCUUUCUCUUCGCUCUUUUUUUCUGUCCGUCUUCCUCUCCUCCACAGAUAAGCCCAGGUUGCUGAGCCACACCAGAAGUGCCUCCCUAGAUGGAUCACCACACAGCUAUGUGGCAAUCAAGGUGGGGCUGCCUGACUGCAUGACUAUGUAACUACAUGACUACUGUUGCUUUUAAUUCAGUUUAACCCCUCACAUCCAGUUGAUAAGAUCAGUGUUUGUAUCACUGCGAUACCUGUAGAAGCAUACCGUUUAGCAUAGCAGCGUUAAACUAUUCCUAUAAGCUAGAACAAUCUCCGUAGAUCAGAACGUUUUGCCAGCACCGGAUUGUAUUGUGGAAUUCCAUUAGCCUCAAUAUAUAGUUACAGACUGUUACCUUACAGACAGUUUAUUAGUUGUCUGUGUUUUCAACAUGUUUUAGUCGUCACAUUUUCCAUUCUGUUCUUUGGAAACAGAGUUCAUCAACACAAUUCAUUGCCUUGUCAUGGAGGAUGGAAUAUGUUUCAGAUCCCUGUGUAUGUUAUUCUGAAAGUCACAUCACAGAGGGACAGUUGAUGUACGUUAUAUGGCCUGUCUCCUCCUUGUGGUCUGACGAGGUCACGAUAGACAAUAGACUUUUAAGGCUGCGUUCACCAUGCAUGACCCAUUUCCUUGCCGUGGUUGAAAGCUUUCUGGAUUCUGUAAACUGAAAGUAAUGGGUGUUUCACAAGCUGUUGGUUUUCAAUGUUAACACGGUAACAAAAGGCUUCCUCUCGCUUCAAAUUGAUCAUGUUUUGUUUCUCUUUUCCCUUUUAACACUAAAUGAUGCAGUAUGAUGAUUCGUUGACGUCUGUAGGCGUGGGCCUUCAUCUUUGGCUGUCUGCAGUCCUUUGAUCAAAGUUGUAGUGGUCAAAACAUUCUAGAUUACUGUUGAGAUGCUGCAUACAUAAUAGUGUUUUGUUGCGCUGAACAACGAGAAAACAACAGCAAAAACCAUGUUGACUCUGAUCAGUGUUGCCUUCACACGCUUUGAAUUUGAAAGCAGAAUCUGUUAAGCCAUUUGAACUGCUGUGUCCUGCCUGUUACUCUAACCCCUGACCUCUAACCCUUUAACCUUUGCCCUCCCAGGAGGAGCGUGUCCCCACCCCAGCCCUGCUAGCGGGGCCGAAGGAGACGGUGUCGGCGAAGGAGCAGACGCAGGAGGACAACUUUAAGACACGGCGCUCUCAAGCCAUCGCAGCUAAAGCGCUGGAAAUCGAGAAGGUAAGAGGUCCCACUAUCCAACGACCCCCCCCCCCCAACUGCUAGCUAAUACUCUGCUACUCUGCUAGCUGUGUGGUAGCUUCGCUUUCUCUAGUCCUAGUCCUAAACCUUUCCUCCAUUUGGAUUAAUGGCUCUCUGAAACCCUAUUGCCUGUAUAUGGUGUCUCAGGAACAUGUCGUUUUGAUUUGGGGUGUGGAGAGAGAGAGAGCGAGAGAGGAGGAGGAGGAGGAGGAGGAGGAGGAGGAGGAGGAUGAGUUGGCAGAAAGGAGCACUGUGGGUUGUGAUGCUCUUUUGAGUCUGCCUGCCCGGGCCUCCCUCUAUAUAUACACACACUGCGCAACACUACCACUUAUCUGUUCCCGUUAAACCGGGGCAGGAAUUGUCUUGCAGUGUUCAGGCAGGCCACCUAUGGUGUGGGUUCUUCUUUUGGCAUUAAAUUUACAUUUACGUCGUUUAGCAGACGCUCUUAUCCAGAGCGACUUACAAAUUGGUGCAUUCAACUUAUGAUAGCCAGUGGGACAACCACUUAAAAAAAAAAAAAAAUUUGUGUGGGGGGGGGGGGGGGGGGUAGAAUGAUUACUUUUAUACUAUUCCACUUUUAUACUGUACACACACACGCACUCUUACACACACAUAAAACACAAACGCUUACCCUGUCAUUUCUUAACCAGGUCAAAGCAGCAGUGGUUAGAGGGACCGGCUUGUAACAUCUGUAUUGAGCUCAGCCAAAUGCAGUGUGAUCCCUAGUCCCUGUACAGUGAAACACCAAGCCAAAGUCACCAGACCUAACAGAAACAGGGAUGGAUGUGGCUGGGGAUGGGGAUGUGGCUGGAGCUGAGGCUGGGGAUAUGAUUGGGGCAGACGGGGGCUGGGGAUAGGGUUUGGGAUGGGGAUAUGGGCUGGGUGGCUGGUGCCUUUGACAUAGGAUGGGGCUGGAGCUGGCAUGUGGUUCAGACCUACACUGAUUUAGUGUGAUGGCUCCAGUCCAUAGCUGUUUAUUUACCUCCACAUGGAGGGAAGAGGUCACCUCUUACCUCCCACACCACCCCUGAGCCACGAGCACUCAUUCCUGUAUCCUGUCCUGAGUUUCAGAGGAGGCUGUUGAAUGAGCACAUUUGCAGUGAGAAUGAGGGAUGAGGACUGGAAGUAGACACAACUCCAUAUGAUUUGGAUACUCAGUGGGGUCGGUCGAGAAAUGUUUGUCUGGUUGAUGUUCUUAUAAUACCCUACUGUUGAGCUACCUUAGCCACGUAAUAUGUGGCCUAUUUACAGGCUAGGAAAGCAAAUGAGAAAACCGAGACAUUUAUUUAUGCUAAGAUCCAGUAACUUCCUCUUGAAAUACUCCUGUGUUACGUUAGCGGAAUUUAAAAAAUAUAAUCAAAUGAGUCAGAUAACAAGCUAGUAGUUGACAACACCUGAUCUUGUAACCCUGUAUUUAAUUGAUGGUACUACACUUUUAAGCAUUAGCCCACAGAUUCUCCUCCGAUUUUUCAAGCAUGGAUUUGCAACUACUAUUUACAUUUUGGUUAGAGAAACUAGAUGAAGUAUCAGAGAAACCACGUGAAGUUUCAGAGAAACUAUUCAACUGAAUUUGAAUAUCGAGACCAAAGUGGCUGGCAGUUAUUUUCUGAGGAGUCCCUCCAGUCAUAAUUUAAAUCAGUGUAAAUUAAAUAUAUCAAUUUCUCCCCUAUUAGUCCUUGAGAUGGAUCUGCGUCCCAAAUGGCAACCUAUUCCUUUUAUAGGGAAUAGGGUGCAUUUGGGAUACGGCUGGUCCGGUCUGCAGUCAGCCCAGGCUGAGUGAUUACGUGGCUGUUUUUAAUAAUAUCCUCUGUGUACUAGGCCCUCCAGACAUUACUCCACUUCCCUUAUUAACUCAGGACCCCUGCCUCCCUCUCUGCCUGCCUCAGUACCUGUUUUCUCUGCCUCCCUCUCUGCCUGCCUCAGUACCUGUUUCUGUGCCUCCCUCUCUGCCUGCCUCAGUACCUGUUUUCUCUGCCUCCCUCUCUGCCUGCCUCAGUACCUGUUUUCUCUGCCUCCCUGCCUCUCUGCCUGCCUGCAUCAGGGCUCAUUUGAGUAGUCUCACUAGACUGUGCUGGGUAUGUGAUGUGAGCUGUAUGUACAGUGAGGGGGGAAAAGUAUUUGAUCCCCUGCUGAUUUUGUACGUUUGCCCACUGACAAAGAAAUGAUCAGGCUAUAAUUUUAAUGGUUGGUUUAUUUGAACAUUGAGAGACAGAAUAACAACAACAACAAAAUCCAGAAAAACGCAUGUCAAAAAUGUUAUAAAUUGUAUGCAUUUUAAUGAGGGAAAUAAGUAUUUGACCCCCUCUCAAUCAGAAAGAUUUCUGGCUCCCAGGUGUCUUUUAUACCGGUAACGAGCUGAGAUUAGGAACACACUCUUAAAGGGAGUGUUCCUAAUCUCAGCUUGUUACCUGUAUAAAAGACACCUGUCCACAGAAGCAAUCAAUAAAUCAGAUUCCAAACUCUCCACCAUGGCCAAGACCAAAGAGCUCUCGAAGGAUUUCAGGGACAAGAUUGUAGACCUACACAAGGCUGGAAUGGGCUACAAGACCAUCGCCAAGCAGCUUGGUGAGAAGGUGAGAACAGUUGGUGCGAUUGUUCGCAAAUGGAAGAAACAAAAGAACUGUCAAUCUCCCUCGGCCUGGGGCUCCAUGCAAGAUCUCACCUCGUGGAGUUGCAAUGAUCAUGAAAACGGUGAGGAAUCAGCCAAGAACUACACGGGAGGAUCUUGUCAAUGAUCUCAAGGUAGCUGGGACCAUAGUCACCAAGAAAACAAUUGGUAACACACUACACAGUGAAGGACUGAAAUCCUGCAGCGCCCGCAAGGUCCCCCUGCUCAAGAAAGCACUUAUACAGGCCCGUCUGAAGUUUGCCAAUGAACAUCUGAAUGAUUCAGAGGAGAACUGGGUGAAAGUGUUGUGGUAAGAUGAGACCAAAAUCGAGGUCUUUGGCAUCAACUCAACUCGCCGUGUUUGGAGGAGGAGGAAUGCUGCCUAUGACCCCAAGAACACAAUCCCCACCGUCAAACAUGGAGGUGGAAACAUUAUGCUUUUGGGGGUGUUUUUCUGCUAAGGGGACAGGACAACUUUACCGCAUCAAAGGGACGAUGGACGGGGCCAUGUACCGUCAAAUCUUGGGUGAGAACCUCCUUCCCUCAGCCAGGGCAUUGAAAAUGGGUCGUGGAUGGGUAUUCCAGCAUUGUAGAAUAAUAGUGAAGACAUAAACUAUGAAACAACACAUAUGGAAUCAUGUAGUGACCAAAAAAGUGUUUAAACAAAUCAAAAUAUGUUUAUAUUUGAGAUUCUUCAAAGUAGCCACCCUUUGCCUAGAUGACAGCUUUGAACACUCUAGGCAUUCUGUCAACCAGCUUCAUGAAGUAGUCACCUGGAAUGCAUUUCAAUUAACAGGUGUGCCUUGUUAAAAGUUAAUUUGUGGAAUCUCUUUCCUUCUUAAUGUGUGUGUUGUGACAAGGUAGAGGUGGUAUACAGAAUAUAGCCCUAUUUGGCAAGAACAGCUCAAAUAAGCAAAGAGAAAUGAAGGUCAGUCAAUCCGGAACAUUUCAAGAACUUUGAAUGUUUCUUCAAGUGCAGUCGCAAAAACCAUCAAGCGCUAUGAUGAAACUGGCUCUCAUGAGGACCUCCACAGGAAAGGAAGACCCAGAGUUACCUCUGCUGCAGAGGAUACGUUCAUUAGAGUUAGCUGCACCUCAAAUUGCAGCCCAAAUAAAUGCUUCACAGAGUUCAAGUAACCGACACAUCUCAACAGCAACUGUUCAGAGGAGACUGUGUGAAUCAGGCCUUCAUGAUCUAAUUGCUGCAAGGAAACCACUACUAAAGGACACCAAUAAUAAGAAGAGACUUGCUUGGGCCAAGAAACACGAGCAAUGGACAUUAGGUGGAAAUCUGUCCUUUGGUCUGAUGAGUCCAAAUUUGCGAGUUUUGGUUCCAACCGCCGUGUCUUUGUGAGAUGCAGAGUAGGUGAACAGAUGAUCUCUGCACGUGUGGUUCCCACCGUGAAGCAUGGAGGUGGUGGUGUGGGGGUGCUUUGCUGGUGACACUGUCUGUGAUUUAUUUAGAAUUCAAGGCACACUUAACCAGCAUGGCUACCACAGCAUUCUGCAGCGAUACACCAUCCCAUCUGGUUUGCGCUUAGUGGAACUAUCAUUUUUUCAACAGGACAAUGACCCAACACACCUCCAGGCUGUGUAAGGGCUAUUUUACCAAGAAGGAGAGUGAUGGAGUGCUGCAUCAGAUGACCUGGCCUCCACAAUCACCCGACCUCAACCCAAUUGAGAUGGUUUGGGAUGAGUUGGACCGCAGAGUGAAGGAAAAGCAGCCAACAAGUGCUCAGCAUAUGUGGGAUCUCCUUUAAGGCUAUUGGAAAAGCAUUCCUCAUGAAGCUGGUUGAGAGAAUGCCAAGAGUGUGCAAAGCUGUCAUCAAGGCAAAGGGUGGCUACUUUGAAGAAUCUAAAAUAUAUUUGGAUUUGUUUAACACUUUUUUGGUUACUACAUGAUUCCAUAUGUGUUAUUUCAUAGUUUGGAUGUCUUCACUGUUAUUCUACAAUGUAGAAAAUAGUCAAAAUAAAGAAAAACCCUUGAAUGAGUAGGUGUGUCCAAACUCUUGACUGGUACUGUACAUACAGACACACAAGCAAGCAAACACACAUACUCCACUGUACCCCCAUAAUCCAGACCUCCACGUCUACCCCAACUGCCCCCCUUCACCACUUCACUUCCCCACGCUGAAACCCUCAGCCCUGGCUUCUCAACCCGUUCCUGUGUGGCCCUACCUCCAGUAUCCGGUCUGGAGAUCGGCCCCUGGCUCCCACCUGGGAGGUAGGGGGGGAACCCAGGCAUAACACACACACACACACACACACACACACACACACACACAGGUGCAGGUUAAACCUUCCUGUUUUGUAAAGUAACAAGGGACUGGUUCUGUUCUGUCUGAGGGUUCAGAGUAUAGUUUGAGGAAACAGUACUCCCUAAAUACUCUGUAUUGUUAUUAAUACGCCGUGACGCUCUUCCUCUCUCAUACAAUUCUCCCUCCAAGACUGUGUGUGUGUGUGUGUGUGUGUGUGUGUGUGUGUGUGUGUGCACGCAGUAAUGUCAAGGGAAAUCAUUCAUUUUGAGUUAAUUGUUCAUCACAAGGCCUUUUUUAAAACUAAUUCCCACGCCUUCCUUUUUGAAGCUUCAAAGCGUG